AUGGUGUUCUCGAGCUUCGAGCUGGAGCUCCUCCCUGGCCCCGACAGGCACACGGAGAGGGCCAUCACGGCCACGCUCCUGGGCGGCAGGCUGGCCACGGACAUCGAGAGCGGCACGGACCACAGGCGCCUCCCCAGCGCGAGGUGGAGCCUGGCGGUGGAGGCCGAGGGCAUGUGGGCGGCGGACGGCGAUCUCAGGAUCGUCGACUUCGGGGCCGUGAGGCUGGGCGAGCCGCCUGCCGUGGCGCUGAGCGUGAGGAACCGGCUGGAGCCGGAGCGCACCGUGGUGAGCGUGUCGCUGGCGUCGCAGCCCUUGGAGGUUCGGAUCUCGCGCACGCUGUUGCCCCGCCUUCAGCGGUUUGCCGCGGCGGUCAGCGAGGAGGGCCACGCGAGAUGCGUCAUCGAGCACGUGCUGCUCCCCCCGCUGCAGCGGUUUGGCCUGGCGGUCAACGAGGAGCUCUCCCGCCUCGACCUCGCCGACGAGCGGAGGGCUCCCCAUCCGCUUCGCCGUGGGCGCUCGGGAUCCUCCAGCGUGGGCGACGAGGAGCACGUUGCGGGAGAAGACGGCGUCUUAUCGAUCGGCGAGCAGUGGCUACAGAGCGACAGGGGCAAGGAGGUCUUGGCCGGCGCACAGGCCAGGAUCCCAGAUGCUCUCGAGUUGCAUGUGGCCUUGAGCGGCCCCCGGCUGCGGCUCCCCGUCCCUGGCAACCGCGGCUUGUGGGUGUCGUCGGGGAGCAUGCUCAUCAGGACGCCCAGGGCGUGCACGAUGGAGGCAGUCGAGCUUACACUCACGCUCUCCGACAUGAACCUAGCGGCUACUGAUCACAUGGGGUUGCGGCAUGACGUGGUGGCGCCAUUCGAGUUGCAGGCCACGCUCCAGACCAAAGCCGACGCCGUGGAGAUUGGUGGCACGCUGGACGGGCUCCAGCUCAAGGCCUCUCCAGAGAUUGUCCAGAUCCUCGCCCUCGCCCCACAAUCUGCACUGGCCGCGCUCAGAGGUAGUGGAGUCGAGGUGCCAUGUGGUGUCCAGGUGGCGCCCAAGCAGCCCGUUCUGCCGACGGCGCCUACCACGCUGUUUGAGGGCGGUGCGGAGUCCGAGCCCGGCAGCGAGCUACUGGCUGCACGCUGGGGGAUCAGAGAGGGCUCCAGGUUGGCGGCGGUCAGGAAGCGCGCCCAGGAAGCACUGCGGGCGGCCGCGCACGAGCAGCGCGCGCUGGUGGUGCAGAAGAUUCGGACGCUGCAUGUGAACUUCCGGCUGGGGCCGUCGGUCGUGUUGUUCGAGGACGCGUUGAACCCAGUGAUUCGGCUGCAUGUGGCUUCUGACGCUCUCGAGGUCGCCGUGAACACCGAGAGCCUGGACAUCAAGGCCACGCUCAUGCUCCAGGUGGGUAUGGAUGUGUUCAGUGUGCGGGUCGGCAGGUUCGAGCCUCUGGUCGAGCCGUUCACGAUCACGUGCCAGGCCGCGCGCGCUGCCGAGGAGGGGCAGAGCGUCAAGGUGUUUGGCCACCGGCCCCUCAUGCUCAACGCAACCCCCACGGCAAUCAAGCAGCUGGCCUGGUACGUGCCACACCUGGUGUCAAUGCUGAGCCCCUCGCUCGACGACACGGAGGUCAGCACAGCCCCCCGAUUCCGGGUCCUCAAUCUCACGGGCAGGUGCGUCGCACUGGGCUUCCCGGGCGCGGCGCAGAGAGAGAGCGUGCGCAUCGACCCGCACACUGGCGAGUGGCGGUCGAUGGACCGCUGGGUGUUCCCGGAGCGGUGCGAACAGGUCGAGCUCGACAGCGGCCCCAGGCUGAGCCUGACGAGGAUCGGGUCCGUGUGGCGGUCGGGCCCCGACGACGACGCCUUCCUCUGGCAGCUGCUCCGUCCGCGGGCCGACUACGCGCUGCUGCUGGUGUCGCCGCAGUGCCUGCUGCUCAACGCGACGUCCCUGCCGCUGCGGGUGCGAACGGCCCGCGGCAGCGCCCCGCUGCCAUGCACCCACUGCUCGGGGGCCGCGCUGCUGCUCGGGUCCCGGCCGCUGCUGGCCCCGGGGGCGCCAGAGGGGCGCAUGCCCGCGGCGUCGCGGGAGCCCCUCGUGGAGCCCGGGGAGGUGGUGGGCCUGCCCUUCAGGGCAACGGCGGCUUCUCCAGGUGGAGCUGGCUCCUUCGCCCAGGCCCUCCAGUCGCAGGUCGAGGUGUCGCUGCGCGGCGGCGAGUGGGUGGCCAUCGACAGGUUGGGCGUCGCGGACAGGCUUGUCCCUGUCCAGAGCGGCCAGUCGUCGUUGCUGGUGGCUUGCAGCGUGUCUCUGUCAGCCCCGCCAGCUCUGGUGCCCUGCUGUUGGCUGCGCAUCUUGCCGGCGCUGACCUUGGUUUCGGUGCUGCCUUGCGCGAUGGAAGUGGAGUAUCGGCUCGCGUCCGAGGCAGAGGCAGCGGCCAGGCGAGUGGAAGUGCCCGCUCUGGGCAGGACUGCAGUGUACGAUGUCGCUUGCCCCGGGCAGGUCGCCCUGCGCGUGCGGCUGCUGGGGCGGUUGUGGUCGCACCGGUGGGCCUUGGUCGGCGUCACUGCGGAGGCGGGCCAACGGGAGCACGACGCAGAGGCGGAGCUGAAGGGGGAGGCGGGCGCGGUCCUGACGGUGGCCGCGUGGGCAGACGCCCAGAUUGUGGUGCACAGCCCGUGCUGGCUCGUCGACCGGACUGGUUGGGGAUUGACGGUGCAGCGGGGGGCACAGCUGCCGACAUUCGAGGGCAUCACGCUGUGCGCCGAGCACAUGUAA